UAAUGAGGGGUUUAAGUGGUGUAAGCGUCGGAUCAACGGCUCAAUUGUCCAAAACAUUUACCGAAGAAGACGUGAAAGUGUUUGCGAGACUUACCGGUGAUUACAAUCCCAUUCAUUUGGACCAUAAGUUUUGCUCCGAAACUCACUUUUCCAGACCUAUAGUUCACGGAAUGCUCGCUAAUGGUUUAGUGUCGGCAGUGUUUGGGACAGUACUUCCCGGUCCCGGAGCUGUUGUGGUCAACCAAACCAUUAACUUUACAAAACCCCUAUACAUCGGGGAAGAAGUUUGCGCUCAAAUCACUGUCGUUAACAUUAGGAAGCGAUUCAUUGAUUGCAAAUAUGUUUGCUUCACAACUGAUGGAAAAAAUAUAAUGGACGGAACGGCGAAACUUUGGUGUCGGGAAUGUGAAGAGAAUCUGUUGGACAAAAUGGUAGCCGACCUCCCAAUUGGACAGAAAGAAUAUAUUGGACACAUAGGCAAUGGCGAAGAACGGACUCGCGAUCAAUGCAUUCAAUCGCUCGUUCGCUGUGUCCGAGAGUUUGCACUGAAAAUA